UAACAUGAAGUUUGUAUGGUGGAAAAUCAUGAUUAUUCUGUGUACAACAAUGUACAAAGCGCUGGACCCAAGGGAGACAACUUAUUUGAGUGGGCAUCGACUAUUCUUGGUCCACCAGGGUCAAACUACGAAGGGGGUGUGUUUUUUCUGGACAUUGCUUUUGCACAGGACUACCCAUUCAAGCCUCCCAAGGUGACAUUUCGUACCCGUAUCUACCACUGCAAUAUCAACAGCCAGGGUGUGAUCUGCCUGGACAUCUUGAAGGACAACUGGAGCCCAGCGCUGACCAUCAGUAAAGUGCUGCUCUCUAUAUGUUCCCUGUUGAGUGACUGUAAUCCCUCAGACCCUCUAGUGGGCACCAUAGCCACCCAGUACAUGCAGAACCGUGCCGAGCACGACAGGAUAGCAAAGUUGUGGACACGCCGGUUUGCGACGGGACUCCAGAAUGGAGUGUAGUGUGCAAUUCGUGGUGCGUGGGAGGAUCUCACAGGCCAAUGGACAAGCUGUCAAAUACAGGAGAAACAAGAGAAGUGCUGUAUUCGUUUAGAAUGUAGGGGCACAUUAAGUGGGGGGAGGGGAGGGGAUG